CUGGUGUGCGCCGUGUGCCGCUGCUUCCUGGCCGAGCAGUGGGCCGCCUUCGAGCGCGCGCGCACGCCCGUGGACAAGCGCGUGUACUGGCUCAAGAGGCCGCACCAGUGCGACGCGAGCGCGGGCGGCCGGCGCGGGGCCCGCGAGUGGAACACCGAGGACGCGCGCGACUCCGAGCUGUCGGAGCUGUCGGACGCCGACGCGCUUCCCGAGCCGGAGCCUGAGCCCGAGCCCGAGCCCGAGCCCGAGCCAGAGCCCGAGUCCGAGGAUGCGCAGGACUCCAGCAAGUCCGGAGCCCGGCGCCAGCGCACGGGGACAGGGGCGCACUGGGCUCCGGAACCGCGAGCCAGCGUGCUGAGGGGCAUCCAAGAACCCUGGCCCGGCCCCGCUGUGCCCGACGGCACGGACGGCGCCGCCUCCAGCCGGCCCGCGGCGCCCCCAGAGCGCAGCAGCACCCCCGAGGGCAGCGACGUCGCUGGGAGCCUCGGGGACGAAGGUCUGGAGCGGCCUCCUCGGACGCCCGCGGACAGCCACCAGGCCCGCUGCUGCUACGUCUGUGGCUCGGCGCUGUCACCGGCCUCGCAGCAGCAGAUCCACGUGCAGAAGCAGGAGACUCCUGCCGAGGCUCCCUUCUUCCCCUUCCUGUGGCUGCACAGCCCCCCGCCGGGCGCCCAGCCCAUCACCGAGGCAGGCAGCACCCUCGUCUGUCCCUGCUGCUUCUCGUCCCUCACGCACCAGUGGCAGAGCUUCGAGCUGGCCAACGUGCCGGUCCUGCAGCGGCUCUACGUGGUGCCCCUGAACAGCCACGCCCCCGGCAUGGCCUCCAAGGCCCGGAGACUCCCGAGAGAAGAGGGUCCAGCCCCCGCCGCGGGGCUGCUGAGGGAAGCCUGCUACCUCUGCGGGGAGGACUGUACGCGGGAUGCCCGGGCUGUGCCCUCCCGCCUCGUUAACGGCAACUCCGGGGCCUCCAUGCACUUCCCCUUCCUUAGUCUCCUGCCCUGCCCACCCAACGCUCGGCCCCCCAACAAGCGCUGCGAAGUCCGCAGCUGCCCCAAGUGCUUCAGCGUCCUGGAGGACAUCUGGGCCCUGUAUCGGGCAUCACACAACCGCGAGCUCAUCAGCUCCGUGCAAGGCUUCCUGGGCAGGUACCACCAAGCCUUCUCUGCCUCGGACCCUACCCUGAGCGAACUGCCCACUUCUGCGCAGGGAGGCCCGCCAGCUGUCUGCUACAUCUGCGGGGCUGAGCUGGGGCCAGGGAAGGAGUUCCAGCUCAGCAUGAACCCCUCCAGCCACCUCGGCGGUGAGAAGGAACCCUUCUUCCCUUUCCUCACUGUCUAUCCGCCCGCCCCGCGGGCCAGGCCUGCAGACUCCACGGGCCUGGUGGCAACCUGUGUACUCUGCUAUCAUGACCUGCUGGGUCAGUGGCUGCAGCACGAAGCCAGAGCCGCUCACCAGCCUGUCAGCGCCUGGUCGAGGCAGUACCAAGUGGACACAUUCGUGUGCUUCUUCUGUCAGCAAGAGAAGAAACGGUGUCUGGGGCUGAAGUCUGUGAGAGUGGCCAGGCUACCCUUGUUCCUGUAUACCCUGAGAGCCAGCCACAGCCUGUUGGUGGACGACGGCCGGCAGCUCAUCAUUGGUGCCUGCGUGGAAUGCGGGACCCUGGUUUGUGCAGGCCAGGGGCUUGCCAGUCAGGGACCCAUGAGCUGGAGCUCCCCGGCAGCAGGAGUAACCAAGGUUACAUCAGCUCCUCUGGAGGCACCUGCAAUUGUCCACGCUCCUGCACCAGAGCCUGAGCUACAACUGGUGCCCCCCACAGACAGUCUAUCCAGGGGCGCCAGGACUACCCAGGACCCGCUGCCAGUGUCGAGCCAGCAGAGCAGCCGGGACAGCUGGGAUGGGGACGGCAUAGACCUCACAGUCACAGGCAUGAGCCAUGAGCCCAAGUCCCCUUCCAUAGGGAUGCUUUCCACGGCGACCAGGACCACUGCCACCGUCAACCCCCUCACCCCCUCGCCACUCAAUGGCGCCCUGGUGCCCACCGGUAGCCCGGCCACCAGCAGUGCGCUGUCGGCCCAGGCCGCUCCAUCCUCCAGCUUUGCCGCCGCACUGCGCAAGCUCGCCAAACAGGCAGAGGAGCCCAGAGGGUCCUCACUGAGUAACGAGUCGUCCCCUGUGUCCUCUCCAGCCACCAACCAUAGUUCUCCAGCUAGUACGCCCAAGCGAGUGCCCAUGGGCCCCAUCAUCGUCCCCCCUGGGGGUCACAGUGUCCCCAGCACUCCCCCGGUGGUCACUAUCGCCCCCACCAAAACCGUCAAUGGAGUCUGGAGAAGCGAGAGCCGCCAGGACUCUGGCUCCCGAGGUGGCAGCAGUGGUCGGGAGCGGCUGCUGGUAGAGCCGCCUCUAGCCCAGGAGAAGGCAGCGGGCCCCGCCAUCCCCUCCCACCUGCUCAGCACCCCCUACCCCUUUGGCCUCUCCCCCGGCUCGGUGGUACAGGACUCCCGCUUCCAGCCACUCAACCUCCAGCGGCCUGUGCACCAUGUGGUCCCCCCCAGCACGGUGACUGAGGACUACCUGAGGAGCUUCCGGCCCUACCACACCGCUGAGGACCUGCGCAUGUCCUCCUUGCCUCCCCUUGGCCUGGACCCAGCCACCGCUGCAGCCUACUACCAUCCCAGCUACCUGGCCCCACACCCGUUCCCCCACCCGGCCUUCAGGAUGGAUGACUCCUACUGCCUGUCAGCCUUAAGGUCUCCAUUCUACCCCAUCCCCACCCCCGGUUCCCUGCCUCCGCUGCACCCGUCGGCCAUGCACCUACAUCUCUCGGGUGUGCGCUACCCUCCCGAGCUCUCCCACUCGUCCCUGGCGGCCCUGCACUCAGAGCGGAUGUCCAGCCUCAGUGCGGAGCGGUUGCAGAUGGACGAGGAGCUGCGGCGGGAGAGGGAGCGGGAACGCGAGCGGGAACGCGAGCGGGAGGCCGACCGUGAGCGGGAGAAGGAGCGGGAACGGGAGCAGCGGGAGAAGGAGCGGGAGAAGGAGCUGGAGCGCGAGCGGGAGCGCGAGCGAGAGCGGGAGAAGGAGCGGGAGCUGGAGCGCCAGCGCGAGCAGCGGGCCAGGGAGAAGGAGCUGCUGUCCACCAAGGCCCUGGAGCCCGCCUUCCUGCCCGUGGCCGAGCUGCAUGCGCUCCGGGGCCACACCGCCGAGGAGCGGCCCAAGCCCUCCGAGCAGCUCACUCCGACCCGAGCAGAGAAGCUGAAGGACUUGGGCCUGCAGGCGCCCAAGCCUGUGCAGCACCCUCUGCACCCAGUGCCUGCCCCACACCACACAGUGCCCAGCCUCAUCUCCAGUCAUGGCAUCUUCUCGCUGCCGGGAAGCAGCGCUGCCACGGCCCUGCUGAUCCAGCGCACCAAUGAGGAGGAGAAGUGGCUGGCGAGGCAGCGGCGCCUGCGGCAGGAGAAGGAAGACCGCCAGUCCCAGGUGUCCGAGUUCCGGCAGCAGGUCCUAGAGCAGCAUCUAGACCUGAGCCGGGCCCCGGUGCCCACAGAGGCGGAACACAGGCCCGAGAGCGCCAGGCCAGGGCCAAACCGGCAUGACCAGGGCAGCCGUGACCCCCCACAGCACUUUGGUGGCCCACCGCCCCUCAUCUCACCCAAGCCCCAGCACCACACCGUCCCCACUGCUCUCUGGAACCCAGUGUCUCUGAUGGACAAUGCCCUGGAGUCGCGGCGGGCCGAGAGCCACCCUCUGCACAGCCACCCGCCUGCGUUUGAGCCCAGCCGCCAGGCCGCCGUGCCACUGGUGAAAGUGGAGCGAGUUUACUGCUCGGAGAAGGCAGAGGAGCCCCGGAAGCGGGAGGCCACACCGCUAGACAAGUACCAGCCGCCACCGCUGCCACCGCCGCCGCCACGGGAGGCGGGGAGUCUGGAGCCGCAGACCUUUGCCCAUGGACCUGGGCCUUUCCUCACUGAACUUGAGAAGUCAACACAGACCAUCUUGGGCCCGCAGCGGCCCUCUGUUUCCCAGGCCACGCCCUUCGGGGAGCUCAGUGGGCCUCUGAAGCCAGGCUCGCCUUUCUGCCAGCCCGCGGCGAGGGGCCCUGACCCAGCGUACAUCUAUGACGAGUUUCUUCAGCAGCGACGGCGGCUGGUCAGCAAACUGGACCUGGAGGAGCGACGGCGGCGCGAGGCUCAGGAGAAAGGGUACUACUACGACCUCGACGACUCCUAUGACGAGAGCGAUGAGGAGGAGGUCAGGGCACACCUCCGCUGCGUGGCUCAGCAGCCGCCCCUCAAACUGGACACGUCGUCUGAGAAGCUAGAGUUCUUGCAACUUUUUGGCUUGACCACCCAGCAGCAGAAGGAGGAGCUGGUGGCACAGAAGCGCCGGAAGCGGAGGCGGAUGCUGAGGGAGAGAAGCCCGUCACCACCUGCUGUGCAGUGCAAGCGACAGACGCCUUCCCCCAGGCUGGCUCUGUCCACGCGCUACAGCCCCGACGACAUGAACAACAGCCCUAACUUUGAGGAGAAGAGGAAGUUCCUGACCUUCUUCAACCUGACGCACAUCAGUGCAGAAAAGAGGAAAGACAGAGAGAGGCUUGUUGAAAUGCUUCGUGCCAUGAGACAGAGAGCUCUGUCCGCAGCGGUAGCCGACUCAGUGACAAACUCAUCGAGGGACAGUCCUACCGUCUCCCUGAGUGAACCAGCCACGCAGCCGGCUCCUCUAGAGACAACAGAUCAGCCGGCCGGAGUCCCUGCCUCUUUGUCAGAAGUCCCAAAGGCCGCGGAGACCGGGAGACUGGACCAGCUCCGGCCCCAGGAGCUCUUGCGAGUCCAGGAGCCAGCUCCUCCCAGCGGUGAGAAGGCCAGGCUGAGCGAGGCCCCUGGGGGCAAGAAGAGCCUGAGUAUGCUUCAUUACCUCCGGGGCGCUGCGCCCAAGGACAUCCCUGUACCGUUGUCCCACAGCGUCAACGGGAAGAGCAAGCCUUGGGAGCCCUUCAUGGCUGAAGAGUUUGCACAUCAGUUCCACGAGUCCGUACUGCAGUCCACACAGAAGGCUCUGCAGAAGCAUAAAGGGAGCUCGGCUCUGCUCUCUGCAGAGCAGAACCACAAAGUCGACGCGUCAGUCCACUACAACAUUCCUGAGCUGCAGUCCUCCAGCAGGCUUCCCUUGCCCCAGCACAAUGGACAGCAGGAGCCCCUGAUGGGGAGGAAGGGCCUGCCUCUGCAGGAGGUGGACCAGGACUCUGAGGAGGACACCGAGGAGGACAGCGAGGAGGAAGCUGAGGAAGUCCCCAGGCGCCCGUGGCAAGGGAUUGAGGCGAUCUUUGAAGCUUACCAGGAACACAUAGAAGAGCAAAACCUGGAGCGGCAGGUGCUACAGACACAGUGCCGGCGGCUGGAGGCGCAGAACUACAGCCUCAGCCUGACUGCAGAGCAACUUUCCCACAGCAUGGCGGAGCUUCGGAGUCAGAAACAGAAGAUGGUCUCAGAGCGGGAGCGGCUCCAGGCGGAGCUGGACCACUUGCGGAAGUGCCUUGCCCUGCCCGCCAUGCACUGGCCUCGGGGCUACUUUAAGGGAUACCCGAGGUGACGGUUUCCCUUGCACUAGGCUGAACCUAUAGUAUAGAAAUAUUAUCUAUUUUAUUACCUUGAAUAUUUAAUAUUUUUCACUGGGAGGUUUGAAGCUUACGAAUUGAGAACGUGCCAUGCAUGAAGCAAAGGGUUCCAGGCUCCAGAGAGGAUGUCACCUCGACUCCAAUGUCAGCGAGACACCUGUCUCUCUCUCUCUGAGGUCGGUGUCACUUCCUCUUUCCCCCACGCCAUCCUUCUCCGACACUGACGCCCGCCAGGCACGUGCACGCGGCUGAGGGAGAGCCAGCUGGUUGUUUCUGGUGUUGCUGGGUCUGUACAAGCAGAGAGCUCACCAUCAGUCCCGUCGCCUUCCCGCACACGGCGCCGUCACAGCCACUGGUCCCGGGAGCACACAAGCUAGCCAAGGCUUCUCCCUGGAACAGCUCUUAGGAAAAGAGGCAAACACACCCACAAGUCCCUUGUUUUCCUCGGGGAAGAUGCGUGGAGCUGUCUACAGAGAGCAUACCCACUGGACUGCUACCGCCGUGUGUGGUGUUUUCAUACAAAUGUACGUUUUGAGAGAGAAGUCAAAGGUGCUUCAGCCUUGUACUGUGUAUAUAUUAAAAAAAAACAAAAGUUUUGUAUGUUUUUAUUACUUUAAUUAUUGUUAUAAAAAGCCUGCCAUUUUUAAUAUGUGGUUUGGGGAAUUUUGUUUGUUUUUCCUGUUAUGGGGUUUCCUUUGUUUUUUGUUUUUGUUUUUCUGGAUUUAAAAAAAAAAAAAAAGAAAACCUUGCUUUUAGUGUUUGUACUGCUGCUGGUCAGAAUGCUAACACGCUGAAGUCGUAGGAAACAGCCCACCUGUGCAGCAUCCAACACAGCAGGGCUGAGGGGGUGCCCAGGCCUGCCUGCUGUCCAGGGCGUGGUGACCCACGUGCAGCAGGGACUUGGCAGAGCUGUGGGGAGCCGAGCUCCUAAGAAGGGGACAGCUCUGGCAGAAAGCUGAGCACUGAGGGAUCUCCUUCCCGGUUUCAAUGCCUCAGUCAGGGCUGACUAACUUGAAAGAGAACCUUUUCCUGCCAGAGCCUGUGACUGUUCUCCAUCAGGGAGAGGAGGUGAGCCUGCCCUUGGCCACCAGGCUCGGUGGCUACAGAGCAGCUGGCUAACAUCUGUCCCCUACCCCCACCCCUUGCUCUGCCUGCCAAGAGUCUUAUCAGUGAACCUAGACAAGGAAGUGCCACCAGGACUGUCAGCAGUCAGCAAAGCACCUCCUCUGCCCCAGCCAGUCAGACAUGGUCCAAGGGAGAGCAGAGGCCGCACACCCUGGGCCAAAGUGCUUCCCAAUUAAAUGCUACUUGUGUUUAGUGCUCCUUCUCCCAGGCUAAGUCCUCCCCAAUGACUAGAAGCUUCUGCUGAUCUGCUUGUUAAUCACUUCUGGGAAAGGUAGGACCCAUAACUUCAGGCACGCGCAGUCUCUUCCACGGUCCCACAGGCAAUCCCCUUUCCGAGUAUGUGAUCCCGAACAAGUGAUGCCCUCCCAGGUCAGCCUGGGGCACACGCCGAGCCACUGACUGACUAGCAGUGCCUAUGGCCUUUCCCAGCGCCCUUGCCUGCGCCUGCGGAGCCUCUAGGGCCACCUCUAGCAUCUGGACCCCAAAUAUCCCCAUGCUCAUAAGUAAAGUGACAAUCAGAACCAGGUACAAGCCAGUCAAGCGGCAGGUGACUGCCACCUCAGCCCACUCACGGCGUUUUUCCCAUCCCACAGUCUUAGAGCCGGAGGAAGCUAAAAAGACCAUAGCAGCCCCCUCCCAGGCACCACACCGUCCCUGGAGACCCCUCCAGUCUUUCCCUGCUAUAGCCCUGCUCUAGGCUGGACCGACCGUGAAAUCAGCAUGUACGUGAAAAUCCCAGGCCUUGGCCAUGUCUCCCACUCCACCUGCACCGAGCUUGUGACGGGUGUCUGAUCAGAUCUUUUAAAACCAUUUGUCUCACAUAAUUGAGACCUGCCACCAUUGCAGAUGAGUGACCGUGAGGGCUGUCAACGCUUUGGUGCACCUUAAAAACACCCACCUGCACCAUCCAACCAGACUGUAUCUCUAGGGCAUCCAGAACAAGCCCGCCCUGACAGUGGGGGUGGGGGGCACAGCCAGGCUCACUGCACUGAGUCUCAGCCAGCUAAGCUGAAUUGCAAACUAGAUGCCGCUCGCCCGCCCCUGCCCUCAGCUGUCCAGGCCCCAGCAUGGAGAUGGCCUGCACAGCAGGCCCUGCACCUCUGAGGUGUGCAUUAGCUACUUAGAGCGGCAGUCUGUGCUCCUUCACGUAUGCGAGCCUUGACUUUACUACUUGCUGUUGCCUGUCCCCACCGUCUAAUCCAGUGCUUAACUUUAACCCUAGAGGCUGCCUUGACCUGAGGAGGCAUCUCACCAGUCUCUACUUGUGCGCACCCUACACCUCACUGCUGGGGCCUCUGGACCCAGGCAGGAGGGAGGGACAGGUGCCUCAGUCGGUCGCUCUGGGGGCAGUUUAGAUGCUGUGAAAUUAAACCCGUUCUAAGUGUACUUGUUUGAAUUAACUGUAUUGUAAUAUUAUUUGUUGAAUGUAGUAAUUAGGUAUUUAUGAAUAUAUUGCUGUAAUUUCUGACAUCCCAAAAAUAAAAUCUUCCUAAAUCA